AUGAUUGGACGCAUCGCCCAGCGGCGCAGGGGGCGCACCGACAUCGCAAGCUUCCAAGCAUACCCCAAACGACCGCUUUCCAAUACCAUGAAAGAGGCUCCAAAUCAGCAUUCCAUAUCGAGAUCCAGCAAAGGCUAUUUGAGAAAUACGUCCUUCCCCUCGGGAUGUCUUUCCUUUCAGUUCCCUUUACAUCACGGCUUCUGCACUCAGACGAAGAUUGAAGCCAAGACUUCGUCAGCCAGAACCUCGUCAGCAAAGAGCAACUCUCAACCAACCAGAGUGCGCCUUAGUCGUAACGCAAAGGAAAGAGACGAGGCCCUCAUGGAGGAAGCCACUGCCUACGUGAAGUUUCUCAACGACGCCAAGGGAGAAGAUGGCUUUCUCAAAGAAAAAUCCAAGCUCAGUAUUACACCUAAACUCGGAUUUUGCGGCAAAGUCUCCAUAGACCUCGAGGACGGCGCUAUCGACAGGGCAAAUGCCAUCAUUGAAGGGAACACCGACCAAUGUCAUCACAUAUUCUUUGUAGAUGGCUCUUUCAUCGCGGAAAGAGACGCAGAGACGGGAUCUCUGGAUACUAGUUCUGGUGCGGCCGUCGUUUACAAGCCUCUAGCGCCAAACCAGCCUUGGGUAGAGAGAUACUUUGCACCACCCAAAUGCGAACAAAGCGCUUUCCGGAUCGAGAUCAUUGCCAUUCUGAAUGCUUUGAAGAUUGCCGCGGUAGUGAGGGACCUAUGCAGGAGAUGUGAUCCAGGAGGUUCUGAUGGCACGGCGGCAAAGUUCAGGGUGACAAUCUUUUCGGACUGUACAAAUGCUCUGUUACUCCUGAAGGAUCUCAAAGGCAGCAUCGCCGCUAACUCUCCAUUGCUUAAAGAUGGCGUUGUUCGGGAGCUCAUUGCUGUGUCUCAAUAUCUGGACCGAAAGGGAGUUUCCGUCAAGUUACGCUGGGUUCGGGGCCACUCAAAGGCCAAGGGCAAUAUUCUCGCAGAUAAUGCAGCUCGAUACGCAGCAAGGCAUCCAGAGAUCAGUGCGAUUCUCGAAAAAGAGCUGCAGGUGACGGUGCCGACCUCAUCAAGCGCUACGAAAGCCGGUACUCCAAAGGAUACUAAGCCUUCGAAGAAAGAGAACAAGAAGAAAGUACCUCGAUCUGAGGCCGAGAAUCAAACUACCCUACCCGGAGGAGAGAAUCUUGUCCUCGAUAGCAAAGACACUCCGGAGCUCCAGGAUAACGUCCGAUGA